AUGCGGAGCCUGGACAAGGCCGCAGCCCGCGGUGAAGCCAACCAGGCGUGGCUGCGGGCGCACGAGCGCGAGCGCGAGCACGAUAAGGGCGAGACCCCACGCUGGGAUGGAGUCCCUGCCUGCGCCUUCGCGGCAAAGUCAGCGCUCCCCAGCGGCGACCCGCUCUCGGACGGGAAAACCGCGGCGGUUGCGACGGCCUGCGCCGUUGUCUCCGACCUGGCCAAGAGGCAGUGCAUUCAGUGGCUGUGCAUUCAGGGGGACAGGGCUCGAUUGGAGAGCGAGGACGGGGUCGCGGAGUCGCAGGAGCAGACGCUGUUUUCCGCCGUGCCCUCUGGGCCCGGCACGCUCGACGCGAUGGCGCCGUGGCAUUGCGAGGACGAGGCCCGCGGAACAGCCCCGCCGGUGGCGACCGCGGCGCCGCCAGCGCGGACGGCGCCCUCCGCCCUGUCGCCUGGGCCCUUGAACGGAGUGGCGCUGUCGCCGUUGUCCUGCGAGGACGGGGCCGCCGACGAGCUCCCGCCUGAGGCGGCCGCGGCGCACCCCUCGCCGCCGCCCCCGCUCUGCGAGGACGGGGCCGCCACCGCAGCGCCGCCGGAGGCGGCCGCUGCCGGGGCGCUGGCGCCGUCGGAGGCUGACGCACCCGCCGCCGAUGUGUUCCCGGGCUGCGGGGCGCUGCCGCUGUCGCUGUCCCUCCACGAGGACGAGGCCGCCGAGGAGGCCCCACUGGGGGCGGCCGCGCGGGGAGUCAGCAGACUGCUCCCCGCCCCGCUGCUUCCCGACCGGAUGGCCUUCUCCUGCCCGGCGACACCGCCGGCCCGCGAGGAGGAUAUUGGCCCCUCGCUGAGCCUCGCCUCGGCAUCGGCGUCGUCGCAGUCGCCCAUGUCGGUUCUGCUGAAGCCGGCGUCGGCGUCAGCGUCGCAGUCGCCGCUGUCGGGAUUGCUCAAGCCCACCGCGACAACCUCGUCACCGCUGUCUGCUGGGUGCAUUCCAGAGGUCCCGGAGGAAGUGUCUUCACUGCCACGGGGAUCGCUGCUCGGCAGGGGCUUGAAGGCGGUGUCAAAGGAGGUUCAGCGCAGGCGCUCAAGGUGGGAGGCCGCUGGUGGCCCCGACCAGGCCGACCGCGACCGCACCAAACGCCACGGGGGCAAGCCGCUGCGGGGCGCGGGGGGCGGCAGCCCUUGGCAGUCGACCAGCAGCGGCGCCCACCAUGCGGCGCCAGCUCGGGAGGCCCGCCAGCCCCGCGCCUCGACGUGGCCCCAGGACCCGGGCCACCCCGAGCGGCACCCCGCUGGCGCGCCGCCGCCGCGUGGCGUGCCCGCGCCGCUCGGCGCCCCGUCCCGGGGCGCCUCGCUCCUCGCCGCGGGGCUGCGGGACGCGCGCCGGCACGAGGCCAAGCGGCAGAGUCAGGCUUGCGUGGACGGCCUCGCCCAGACCUGCCCUGCCGCGUCCUCCACGGCCGUGCCGGACAGCUCCACCGCCGCUGCCAACACCAACAGCAGCCCAGGCCCCAGGCGAGAGCGGCCCAGCGGGGGUUUGCAUGACGUGCAGCAGUCGCGGCCCCAGGCGGCCCUCGGCUGGGCGGAGCACCGCGAGGGCGCACAGGCGCAGCUGUCCUCACCGCCGGCGCGCGUGCCGAGGCCGAGCCCCGUGUGCGCCGCGGCGCACCCGGGGCCGCCCGCUGCGCAGCGCCGCCGAAGGCCGGCCUCGGCCGUGACAGGGCGUCCAGCCCAGGAGGUCCUCCUCGAGGGCGCCCACCUGCCGCCGCCGCCAGGCCGCGGGCUCCACGCGCCGCCGCGGAGCGCCCCGUCGCGUGCCGCGCUUCGAGGCAGCAUGGCGGUGUGGGCGGCUGCGGCCGUCGCCGCCGUGCCUCCGGGGCUUGCCACAGGCACGGAGCGGGCAGGUCUGUUGCGGGGCGCGCGGCCGCAGCCGGUCGGGGGCGUGUUCUCGGUUGUGGGGAAGGACGCGGGGUAG